AUGGACUCGAUUCAGUCUACCUUCACCAAUGGAAGCUCCAGCCCUGCUCAUAACAGCUUAGAGCCUGAUACCAACCCUGAUGAGCAAGAGGAGAAAGCUCGAUUAAUUUCCCAAGUGCUCGAAUUACAAAACACUCUUGAUGACCUGUCUCAAAGGGUAGACAGUGUCAAAGAAGAGAACUUGAAAUUACGUUCUGAGAAUCAGGUUCUAGGCCAGUAUAUUGAGAAUUUGAUGUCGGCAUCUAGUGUAUUUCAAUCUACUUCCCCAAAAAUAAAGAAGAAGUGA